UUGUCGGAAUUCCGUAUUUGAGAGGAUGUCAAAAAUAUAUCUCUUCUAAAAAACUACUAAGAAACACUUCAAACCAAACUUUCAAACAAUUUUCUUAAAGUCCACACAUUUAAGUAGACUGGCUGUGGAUUUCUGUGGAAAAGUGGUCGGAAGUUGUCGAAAAGAAAAAGUUUUUUGUGGAAGUGAAGAAUAUCGCAGUAAGUCGAUGGUUCGGUGCGUCUGUACGAGUGACGAUGUGAAACACAACAGGAUGUCUAGACAACUUCAUCCGUCUUCAAGGAUGAUGACCAUAUCCAAAGGGAGCUUUGGGCUCUGGACAUCUCGGGAGCUUGUAUUUACCCUGCUCUUGCUUCUGCUAUGCAUUUCAGGGGCGUAUGCUACGUCAACAGCAGCAACAACAACAACAACAACAACAACAACAACAACAACAACAACAGUACCAACAACAUCAGCAGAUACAACAACAACACAUACAACAACAACACAUACAACAAACUCUUCAGCAGCAACAGAUGUUACAACAGCUAUAGUAACAUCUACAGAAACAAAAGGAACAACAAUAACCGAUGCAGCAGGAACAUCAGCAACAGCACAGAAUGCAACAACAAUACAAAAUGCAAUGUCAGCAAAAACACCAGUCACAAAUAAUCCAGCCAUUCAAAAUACAUCAAUAUCAACAACAACUGAAAAUGUCACAAUAUCAACAACAACAACGGCACAACAUGCCACAAAAACAGUGACACCACCAAUAGCUACAAACACAGUAAACACCACAAGUGUGAAUCCUUCUACAAACCCAGUAAACACCACAAGUGUGAAUACUUCUACAAACACACAUGAAAGGACAACAGCAUUACCGACCACGCCCGUGGCCUGUAGCUUUGAUCUAAGCUGUAAUAAAACAUUUUACUGGAUGCCUAUAUCUGUACAGGGUCUAUUUCCAAAUGCAGAUAAAAAUCAAAACGUCGAAGCAUGGCUUACUCCAGUGUUUCGAAACAACCUGAGUAUAUGUGUGGAUAGCCACAUAAACACAAGUGUUUCGACACCUGACCUGUUUCUGGGCAUGAGUGUCUCUUGCCAACCACAACCUGUUCCAACGGAAGCACUGUGUGAAGUACUUUUAAACUUGAGUAGACCUGUUGAUGUAUGCUGCAUUAAAAAAACAGUGAUUGACGCAGGGAACUUAAUUAAUGCCACUUUGAUAGGAUGUGUAGAACGAGUGGGUGUGUGUUCAGAUAACACAACAAACAACACAUUCGGACCAAAUAAUGAAUGCAAUAACUCAAGCAAUUCUGAUAAUGAGUGUUCAAGAAAAUGGACAUGUGGAAACAAUACAGAUGCCAUUCAGAAGAACUUCACUACUAUCCCACCAACAUCAAGCGAAAAUUCUUGCAAUUGUUCCUCAACCUGCAAUAGUUCAGAUGCCUAUUACAGAUUAACUUUGUACAACGUGAACAUGAACGAAUCCACAUUUGUGUCCUUUAUCGAUGAUUGGUCAAAAAACAUAUCUAAUAUAACUAUCUUUAAGGGGUGUUCAGAGACCAUGCCGCAGCAGAAUUGUACUGCUGUAGUGAGACUAAACUCAAAAUGCGGGUUUGUUGUGCGUCCUGUCAUCAAAUAUGGCAAUAUCUCACUGGCUGUGAACAGAGUGGCUAUUUGCGGUGAUGAUCUUGAUAAAGGAAACAUCACUUGGAUUCAACAUUCUGUCAGUUUUGAGGACUUUUGCAGAAACAACUCUUUGAACUCUCUUGUUAACUGCUCAAGUGGAUCACGUGUGGGUGUUCUUCUGAAUGACAGCUGUAAUUCUAACGGGACCUUCAACAACGCCACAUUUCCUACCCCUUCUUCCACAACCCCCCCUUCAUCCACAACCUCCCCUUCUUCCACAAUCCCCCCUUCAUCCACAACCCCCACUUCUUCCAAAACCCCCCCUUCAUCCACAACCCCCCCUUCUUCCACAACCUCCCCAUCUUCCACGACCCCCCCAUCUUCCACAGCAUCCACAAACCAAAAUGCUGGUGAACUGUUAAACAUGACUGCAAACGCUUCAUCUUUAAACUCCACUCAAGUGGAUAGGAUCAUGACAGAGCUGGAGAAGCUUCUCUCUGGGCCAAAUGUCAGCGUGGCUCUGGCGAACACUUCCGUUGGGAUUGUGAACAACCUGCUCGAUGUUUCUCCAACUGUAAUAGCCCCCUUCUCCAAACGGGCCAAUGGAAUUGUGGACACUCUGGGUCUUAAACUGGUUGUAUCAGGAGAGAGUGAGAAAUUACUUACUUCAUCUCUGGCACUGGCCGUGAAGAAAGUCGAUGGGGGCAAGUUUCAGGAGACGUCCUUCUCUAUAACCGACCCAUCAAACGUGCAGGUUCGCAGCGACUCCAGGCUAAAGAGAGAUGUUCAGGUUCGAUCCAUCCCUCUGGGCUCAGCCAUUCUUCCGGCUUCACUGACACAGAACCUCAGCUCGCAGGACCAGCAGCUGGCAUCCAGAGUGCAGUUUAAUUUCUACCAAAAGAGCACAUUCUUUCAGGAUAAAGCACUUGUUGAAAGCAGACUGAUCAGCGGGAUUCUGAGUGCUAGUGUGGCUAAUCUCACUAUCUCGAAUCUACAGAAGAAUGUGACGAUAACACUGCAGCACACUGAGACUCCGGAGAACGGUACGGUAUCAUGUGUAUUCUGGAACCUUACCUUAAACGGUGGUACAGGCGGCUGGAGUUCUGAAGGCUGCACUAAGGUUAUCUCAUCAUCAUCUAAGCAAGAAACACAAUGUAGCUGUAACCACCUCACCAGCUUUGGUAUUCUGCUAGACUUGUCCAAGGAGCCUAUAGAUCCCUUGCAGAACACAAUCCUGACAUACAUAACAUAUAUCGGCUGUGGCAUCUCGUCCAUUUUCCUGUCCAUCACCCUACUCACUUACCUGGCCUUUAGUAAACUGCGCAAAGAUAUCCCGUCUAAGAUCCUUAUUCAGCUGUGUUUGGCCCUGCUGAUGUUGAACCUGGUGUUCCUGGUAGACGGCUGGCUAGCUCAGUUCUCAGAAGUGAAUGGCCUUUGCAUCUCGACUGCUUUCUUUCUGCACUACUUUCUUCUAGCCUCCUUCACAUGGAUGGCCAUGGAGGCGGUCCACAUGUAUAUAGCACUUGUUAAAGUGUUCAACACUUACAUUUCUCACUUUAUGCUCAAGAUUGGAUUUGCCGGGUGGGGUAUUCCACUCGUUGUGGUCAUAAUCGUCAUAGCUACAAACAACAAGGGCAAAAACUACGGCCUUGUGUCAUAUGGGAAAUUUGUUGAUGACACACCAGAUAAUUUUUGCUGGAUCACCAAUAACAUUGUUUUCUAUGUGGCUGUGGUCGCAUACUUCUGCAUUGUCUUCCUGAUGAACUUCACCAUGUUUAUUGUGGUAUUGGUCCAGUUGUGUCGCAUUAAGAGGCAGAAUCCACAAAAUGCGCAGAAUCGCAGUUACUGGCAGGAGAUUCGCAGUGUAGCAGGACUCACUGUGCUUUUGGGUCUCACCUGGGGCUUCGCUUUCUUCGCUUGGGGUCCCGUUAACUUGCCCUUCAUGUACCUGUUUGCAAUUUUUAACUCUUUACAAGGAUUUUUUAUCUUCAUCUACCACUGCGCCAUGAAAGAAAAUGUCAGACGACAAUGGAGAACAUACCUGUGUUGUGGAACAUUGAGGAUACAAGAAAACUCAGAUUGGAGUCUUACAGCGACCCAGAAGAAAAAGAAAGCUUCCAAGAAAAGACCAUCAGGUCAUUCCAAUAAUUCUAGUUCAUCUUUCCUGAAUAAUUACAGCACUGCCUGUGAUUUGCCCAUGGGGAUAUGCAACCCCUAUGAUGAUAGGGUAAUAACAGCAUCAGAAGAGCGCAAAAUAGACGUGGUAUUGAACGAGAUCAAUAACAAACACCGGGGGAAAAAGUCAUAUUGAAAAUGAUGACCCACAAUCGGUCCUGCCAAGUGAAUAGGCAUGUGUGUGUAACAGUGAUAAGACACUGUUAUUUCUCUUGUAUUUUAACUUUAUAAAGUAUUGUGUUUUGUAAUGUAUUUAACGAAAGAGGUUUAUAUUUUAACUUCAAAUGAAGCACUUUAAUCAAUGAAAUGUAAAAAUAGAAAAACUACAAAUAACCAGAAAACAAAUGAUGGUUCAGGGACCAUCAUGGGGCCACCUUUUGUAAACAGUUACCGAUUACUGAAAUGAAAUGAUUUUCUUAUAUGCUGUUGGUCAAUGAUAUGAUUGUUUUUAUGAAAGUAGCUAUGAGGCCGGAAUACUCAAAAUACUCGAAUCAAAUAUGUUAUUUUAUUUUUGUAUAUUUAUAACUUUAAUUAUGAGUACAAUGAAUAAAAAAAUCGAAAAGGUUUGUAAA